GAGAGAGAGAGAGAGAGGCGAUGGAGGAAGAGGAGCACGAGGUAUACGGCGGAGAAAUCCCCGACGUCGGAGAGAUGGAUGGAGACAUGGACAUGAUGACUGCAGCUGAUGACGAUGCCGCUAAGGAGUUGGAUGAGAUGAAGAAACGAUUGAAAGAGAUUGAGGACGAAGCUGCUGCUCUUCGCGAGAUGCAGGCCAAGGUUGAGAAGGAUAUGGGUCCUCAAGAUCCUGCUACUAUGGCAGCAGAUCAAGCAGGCAAGGAGGAGGUCGAUGCUCGAUCUGUUUUCGUUGGCAAUGUAAGAAUAUGCUUAUGCUUUUGGUUGAUUUGACAACUAGCUCAGUUGAUUAUUAGCCUUGUAUAAUUUGGAUAUAAUUUGUUAGCCUUGCUUACGAUUUUUUUCGCCCCGAUGUAAUCUUUUUUUUUUGAGAGUUUCAUCUCUGCAAUCUCCAUUGCUUUUCUUGCUUCUU